AUGAGACAUGGGGCGGACGUAUUUAAAGAGAUACAGGAGCGUGAUCGGAAAUGGCGACAGCGGCAGGGUUCUCGGCAGGUGUAAGUGCCAAAAAUACCUAAUGAAGCUCUUAAUUAUGGUGAGGGGAAAUUAAUUUAGGCAAGGGUAAUCGGAAGGUGAGUUGUGGAGGAAGUCAUGGAGGGGAAAGUGAGCACAAUGCAUAGAUCCAUUUUUGAGAGAAGCUCAUUAGGGGGAUGCACAGGACACUUCAUCAAUGUGUCUGGAAGUUUAGGGGCUAAUAAUGAGGAUAGGCUGAUGUUAGAACACUUAACGGGGCCUCUCUGUCUCUGAAGGCCCCCAUGGCUGUUCAUUUGAGAAAAGGGAAGGGAAUUAAGAGACAUAGCAAUGCCACUAUUACAUCAUUACAUUGAAAUCAUUGCAUGAUGAUGCUGAUGAGAAAGAUGAAAGUGACUAUAAUGACGAAUGUUUAGGUAAUUCAUAGAUGAAGAUGACAAUAAAAACACAACAAUAAAAUCAACAAGAAGCACCACAACAGCACCUCUCCUUGUCUUGAUGUUGCGCUGCCCCAUUUCCCCAGGGUCCUGAAGGUGUUCCUGUCACGAACGGCCCAGCGGAUCCCCUACAUGACCAGUUGGCGGGUGCUGCGCCUGCUGGCCAUUAUCCUGCUCAUCGUCUGCUGGUUCCUGGUGGCCUGGACCUCGGCCGUCUGCCAGAACCUGGACAGGAACCUGGCCCUCAUCGAGGUGGGCUACACCCCUGACCCGGACAGCCUCCAGUUCAGCAUGUGCCUGCUAGAUCGCUGGGACUACAUGAUGGCCGUCGGUAAGUGACAUUUUAAAAAUCUUUAUUUAACCUGGAAACUCUUUUGUGUUGGCGAUAAUAAUACAUGCCACUUAGCAGACUCUGCAAGCGAGUGCAUUUUUAGUAUGUGAUGCUUGCGGGAAUUGCCAGCUCCUUUCGCUCACCAACUGAGACAGAACCACAGUGAUCUUACUGCUUCCUCUUAAAGAUACGAGGGCCAAUCAUGUAUUUUAUGGCUUAAGAGAGAGAGAGAGAGAGAGAGAGAGAGAGAGAGAGAGAGAGAGAGAGAGAGAGAGAGAGAGAGAACACUUAUACAUAUAUUAUAUGAAUACGUUGUUUUUGGGAUAGAUUCCCUUUUUAUAUGGAGUUUAUCUUGUGAUACAUGUGCCUGAUUUUGAAAAUGGGGUCGUGAGAGAAAAAUAAAUACAAAAUUGCUCUUGGUUCAUUGAACCAGAGUCACGUCAGUAGCCGCUAGAUGCAGUUGUAAUAAACAGAGCGGUUUCGGUUUUCUUCUUACAAAUGUGGCUCUAUCUUUUUUCUUCUUUUUGUUUUGUACGAUUUUUUAAACUAUUUUUUUAUAAUACAAAACAUAAACAUACAAACGACAGUCUCCAGCGCCCGUAUCACUCUCCACCACAUGGCCUCAAACUGCACCAUUUUGUUUCUCUCCGUCACCCACACACUUUCAACAUUUAGAUAAUAAAGCAUUUGAUCUUUCCAUUGUUUUAACGAUGGAGGAUUGGUUGAUUUCCAGUUUGUAAGUAUACGUUUUUUCAAGAUGAUUGACGAGAAAAGUAUUGUCCAACCCAUCGGGUAUCUUUUGAACGGUUUAAGCUACAAAAUAUUAUGACCCCUUCACUGAAAGAUAAGACUCUCAGGAACACGUGUGUGUCUUCUGUUUCCCUCAAACCAUGCCUUGGGUAGCCUGCAAGUCAGCCCAAAUUGAGAGUGAAAAGCAGACUUGUUUUAAGCAUAUGCUGUCUAAGGUCCAGGAAAACAGAACGCCGGCCCUGCUUUGUAUUUGUGCAACAGGUGUAGCCCAGGACAACCAUUACGAGCUGUGAUCUAAUGAAGCCAAACAUCUUUGUGUUCAAGAAGGGCAAAACUGGAGAAUGGAACACAGGGUUGUUUUCAAAGUCCAGCUAAAUUUGACUCACUAAGCUGUGUAUGAGCAACUGGGUCGUUCCAUGAAAUGAGUCCCUUUAUUUUAUUUUAUUUUAUUUUACCUUUAUUCAAGCAGUGAGUCACCAUUGAGACCAGGGUCUCUUUCACAAGGGAGGCCUGCAUAUACAAUUUCAUAAGACAAAAUCAAAAAUCUAAUACAACAUAAAACAAGUAAAAUGCAGCACAACACAAAUAUUUUAAAAAAACAUUACAUUCCUCAAUAAGAAGGUUUGAUGUUUUAAGUAGAAAUUGUGCACCAAUAUCGGAUUUUAAAAGCCUGUUAUAUUAAAUAGAGUUCUCUUUAAUAUAUACUGUAAAUAAAAUUCAGCAUUUUGGCAUGUCCCUCUGUGUACCCUCUGUGACUUCUAGGAAGGUUUUUACCAAUUUAACCCCAACAUUUUCCAAGUUUUCAUAAUCAUUGUAAAGCCCUAGUUAUUUUGUUGCUUUCACAAUGUCAUUUCUGAAGAUGAUUAUUUAUUUAAUGUGAUUAUUGAUUCAUUUUAAUAUUUAAAAAACAACAACAAUGUCAACCCUAUUAAGUGAACUGAACUCUCAUUUUAAUAUGGUGAAACUAUUAUUUAAAAAGAAUUAUUAUUCAAAAUAAAUAUUGAACAUCUACAGUGCCUUCAGAAAAUAUUCACACCCCUUGACUUUUCCCACAUUUUGUUGUGUUACAGCCUGAAUUUAAAAUGGAUUAACAUGAGAUUGUGUGUCACUGGCAUACACACAAUACCCCAUAAUGUCAAAGUGGAAUUAUGUUUUUUGACAUUUUUACAAAUUAAUGAAAAAUGAAAAGCUGAAAUGUCUUGAGUAAAGAGUAUUCAACCCCUUUCUUAUGGCAAGCCUAAAUAAGUUCAGGAGUAAAAAUGUGCUUAACAAGUCACAUAAUAAGUUGCAUGGACUCACUCUGUGUAGUAAUGGUGUUUAACAUGCUUUUGAAUGACUACCUCAUCGCUGUACCCCACACAUACAAUUAUCUGUAAGGUCCCUCAGUCGAACAGUUAAUUUCAAACACAGAUUCAACCACAAUGACCAGGGAGGUUUUCCAAUGCCUCACAAAGAAGGGCACCUAUUAGUAGAUGGGUAAAAAAAAAUACAUUGAAUAUCCCUUUGAGCAUGGUGAAGUUAUUAAUUACACUUUGGAUGGUGUAUCAAUACACCCAGUAACUACAAAGAUACAGGCAUCCUUCCUAACUCAGUUGCCCGCAAGGAAGGAAACCUCUCAGGGAUUUCACCAUGAGGCCAAUGGUGACUUUGAAACGGUUACAGAGUUUAAUGGCUGUGAUAGGAGAAAACUGAGGCUGGAUCAACAACAUUGUAGUUUCUCCACAGUACUAACCUAAAUAACAGAGCGAAAAGAAGGAAGCCUGUACAGAAUAACAAUAUUCCAAAACAUGCGUCCUGUGUGCAAUAAGGCACUAAAGUAAAACUGCAAAAAACAUGGCAAAGAAAUGAACUUUAUGUCCUGAAUACAAAGCAUUAUGUUUGGGGCAAAUCCAACACAACACAUCACGGAGUACCACUCUUCAUAUUUUCAAGCAUGGUGGUGGCUGUAUCAUGUUAUGGGUAUGCUUUUAUGAGUAUGCUUGUCAAUGGCAAGGACUAGGGAGUUUUUUAGGUAGAAAAACAACAACAGAAUAGAGCUAAGCACAGGCAACAUCCUAAAGAAAAACCUGGUUCAGUCUGCUUUCCAACAGACAGUGGGAGACAAAUUCACAUUUCAGCAUGACAAUAACCUAAAACAAAAGGCCAAAUAUACACUGGAGUGGCUUACCAAGACGACAUUGGAUGUUCCUGAGUGGCCUAGUUACAAUUUUGACUUAAAUCGGCUUGAAUAUCUAUGGCAGGACUUGAAAAUGGCUGUCUAGAAAUGAUCAACAACCAACUUUAUUAUUUUUAUUUUACCCUUAUUUUACCAGGUAAAUUGACUGAGAACAUAUUCUCAUUUACAGCAACGAUGUGGGGAAUAGUUACAGGAAAGAGGAGGGGAGAUGAAUGAGCCAAUUGGAAGCUGGAGAUGAGAAGGUGGCCAUGAUGGUAUGAGGGCCAGAGGGGGGAAUUUAGCCAGGUCACUGGGGUUAACACCCCUACUCUUUCGAUAAGUGCCAUGGGAUCUUUAGUGACCACAGAGAGUCAGGACACCCGUUUAACGUCCCAUCCAAAAGAUAGCACCCUACACAGGGCAAUGUCCCCAAUCACUGCCCUGGGGCAUUGGGAUAUUUUUUUGACCAGAGGAACUUGACAGAGCUUGAAGAAUUUAAAAAAUAAUAAUGUGCAAAUAUUGUACAAUCCAGGUGUGCAAAGCUCUUAGACUUACCCAGAAUGACUCACAGCUUUAAUCGGUGCCAAAGGUGAUUCUAACAUUGACUCAGGGGUUUGAAUACUUAUUUUAUUUUACAAAUGUUCGAAUUUUUCUUCCACUUUGACAUAUUUUUCUUUCACUUUGAGUAUUUUGUGUAUAUCGUUGACAAAAAAAUGACAAUUCAAUCAUUUUAAUCCCACCUUGUCACAAAAAAAUUGGAAAAAGUUAAGGGGUGUGAAUACUUUCUGAAGACACUGUAAUAGUCAAAUCAUAGUCUAAAAGCAGGUGAGCUGGUUCUACUCUUUUUGGCCAUUUUCUGGUGUUUUGUGGUGAAAAACUGAGCGGGUCGAGGAUAACACGUCAACCCUGUUACCCAUAGAUAGACAGGCUAGAAAUAUUUUAACAAUUGAAUUUUUUUGUAACAAGGGGAUUCAUGGCUGAUUUAAGAUUAAAUCAUCAACCCUGUUACGGUCAACCCUGUUACUUUAUUUGGCACAUAGUAGACACUUACUAUAGACAUUUAUUUUAUUUUACCUUAUUAAAAUAUGUCAUGACAGAAUGUUAAAAUAAGGUGAGUUACACUACCCAAAAGGGACUUCUUUCGCGGAACGACUCAACUAUAGGAAACACAGGGCGGCCAUUUUGUGUUGUCGCUUAUUGAUGUAGACCUAAAUAUCUAUCCAGGGCCAUGGUAGAUUACAGACUGUCAGAGCUCUUGAUGGAUCUUAGUCCUUAGAUAAACAUAGCUCACUCAAAAUGCCAUUUGUUAUGGCACUCAAUAGUGUUUAUCCUGCUGUGUAAUGUACAUAGGCCUCUGUCAGACCUUGGAGCACUUCCUUGGAGCACUUUCCAUUCAUGCAGACAAACAAUGUGAAUGUCAAAAUAAUGGUGACUAAUUUCCAUGGAAACGGCAGACGUUUAUUGCUGUCAAGCCGGCUAAGCUACACCCAGAAAACCUUGGACGAAUCUCAUACAGCUUCAUCUGCAGUUGUCACUCAUGGAGUGUCCAGAGAAUACAUCCAGUAGGAGCAGGUUUGCAUUUUCGUUGCAUUUAUUGAACAUGUCGUUUUUCAACAUGCCAGUGUUAGACAAUCUAUAUUGCCCUGAGUCCAUGAAAUCAGUUAACUGUGGAGUGCAUGGGUGGUCGAUGUCGAUAGUAAUACUGCUAAGGUGAGGAGGGGAGCAUUUAAGGGUGAAAACUCCCAUGCUAUCCUCCUUUGCAUUCCAAGCUUAAUGCAUAGGCUAUGUAUGUAUUGCUUGUUGUUACUCUUAUGUCUUUCCCCCUGAGUAUAAAUAAAGUAUUCUAUCUAUCUAUUUUUAAAGGGGCAAUCAGCAGUUGCUACAUUUUGAAGAAUAUACCUUAUAAAUGCCUCAUGAGUUUAGUUCAACUGUUGUAUCCCAUCAGAACCCAAAUUAUAAGCUUGUUUCACUCCAAUGUUUGUAAACAAAGGAAAUAUAAACAAACACUACAGCCUCAAAACAUGCUUAAAACUAUAAUUUUGAUAUCAUGGAUGAUCAGUCCUUGUAUCCAUAGCUAUAUCUAUGAAUUUGACUGUGGUUACAUUUCUCCAGCCCCAUCACUCAGCUUUUUACCGAAACAGGGGCUGGGAAAAAGCGUUGUUAUUAUUGCUACUGCUGAUUUCCGCUUUAACUCCUCUCCUACAGUAGCUGUAUAGUUUCCAUUGUGUAGAAGUUCUCUAUAUCCUUCUUCCUGUUUCUCCCACAGCGGAGUUCCUGUUCCUGCUGUGGGGAGUGUACCUGUGUUACACUGUGAGGACAGUGCCGUCGGCCUUCCAUGAGCCCCGUUACAUGGCCAUCGCCCUCCACAACGAGCUCAUCCUGUCUGCCAUCUUCCAUGUUAUUAGGUAAAGACCCCAACCUGUGGUGGGGAGAGAUAUGACAGUAUGGAUGUGUAUUUAUUUUGUCAUAUUUAGCUAUAUUUAGAGAUUAGUAUAUGGAUUGAAUAUUACACAUCAUGGACUUUAAUAUGUUUUAUAGAUAAACAAUCUGACACUUUCUUAUCACUCACUGUUGGCUUGCCUAUUGCUGUACACCAAUUUGCAACUAUAUUCAAUGAGCCACAAGUUUAGUAUCUAUGCAUUUCAAAGGGGAGUUUUGUUAUGGUAUCCAAGACUGAAUGUGCCCUCUGCUUUCCGUGUAGCCUGUAUAUCAAGUACUAGACAUCCUAAAUUAGAUGUUGCACCGUUUCAGCUGACACCACCAAACCCAUUCCCAGUUGGAAUCCUCCUUAUUGAGAGCUCAGCUACAUCAGAUUAUUCAGUCAUUAGGCACGUCAUCAUGAUUUAUGUUUUGACACACCAUAGAUAUUCAGAGCUAUUGGCAGCAUAAUUUAAGUUAGACGUUAACAGAAAUUACAGAAAAAUUGCCCGCCAAUGUUUCCCACAAAUAGGAUGGGAAGACAUUUUAACCGGUCUGUUAUAUUUGUCCUGUUUCACACAUGUACAAGUGCAUAUCCCAACUUCCCAUGAGACACCCUUGGAGAGUGGGGUCAAGGCCAGCCAUUAUCAACGGCAACCCUGGAGCAAUUAGGGUUAAGUUGGAUUGCUCAAGGGCACAUAAACAUAUUUUUCACCUUGUCAACUCAUGGACCUUUCAGUUGCUGACCCAACCUUCUAACAGCUAGGCUACCAGUAUUAGCUAGAAAUUUGACACCCAGCGUGUGUUUAUGCCGUCGUUUGACUUCUGUUAUGGCGUUGGGAUGGUUUUAGCAGCUAAAAGCAAGACGAGGCCCAACGUAAAUGCAAAAUGUGUCUUGUCUGUUUGGGAGAUGCUGAGAGCUUGUCACCAGGGAGUAUCACCUGGGCUUGUUAGAGCUAAAAUAAUCUAUGGCUGUUACUCAUAGAACCUGCAUGUGGUCCCACUGUGGCCAGUUAAAGUCAAGGAUACUUUCUGUGGCAUCUGUAGGGACAAUUAGGGAACUCUCUGUGCUAAGUGUUCAGAUCAUUAUUUGUGAUUAUUUCACAAUCCACAAAUUUACUCAUCGCUCUACCGAUGAUUUUACUGAAUGUUUGCUUAAUGAGGUGUUUUGGGAAACACUCAUGAAAAUGUACCACCCGUUCUCUCUAGACCUUAGCCUCCCCUCAUGGUUUUUAGCUAUAACUACUUUAACUGUACAUUAAAUAACCAUUCACCAACUCCUGCCAAGUAAUGAGCCUGCUGGAUGCCAUUUACUGGGAUGUAGGCUUUCAAGUGGUUAAAUUACUGUGUGACAGGACACGCCUCCUAAUCACUCAACCUGGUUUCAGAGCAAAUUCAUAUUAUUCUGUACGUAAAACCACGACACUCCAUUUAAUAUGAUAUGUUACAUUUCGUAUGGUUUGUAUUAACUUGUGGAUGUUAGGUUAGGGGUUAGGGGUUAAGGUUAGGAGUUUGGUUAAUGGUUACGUUACGAAUUCUAAUUUGUUGUGGCUAACGUUAGCUAGGUUAGGAUUAGGGGUAGGGGAAGGUUAGCUAAAAGGGUUAAGGUUAGGGUUAGGGGAAGGGUUAUCUAACAUGCUAAGUAGUUGCCAAGUAGCAAGUAGUUGAAAAAUGGCUAAUGAGAUAAAAUGCUAAAGUUGUCCAUGAUGAGAUUCAAACAUGCAACCUUUUGGUUACUAGACGUUCGCGGUAUACGCCACCAUGACCAACCAUCCUCCUUUAGUUUUUGCCUUAAGUAACCUUCUGUCUUACGUAACCAUACCAAACGUAACAUACAGUAUCAUACUCAUUUCAGUGUCCCGGACAAUGAGACCAGGCUGAAUCACUACACUGUAGCUACUGUAAUUAAAGCACUAUUCCACUAUUACAUUUUGGUCACUCUGGACACUGUUAGUAUGUUUCCUCCUUGGUCGUCGGUCCAGAAGUCAGUAGAAAAUAGAAUUGCAGUGGAUCUGUAAUCAAUGUUGUUGCUGCCUCAAAAUGCCUUUUUUAAUAUAGUUCAGCAAGGAAGCCACUGGGCACAGACGUCUAUUCCAACCUCUAUUCCACGUUGGUUUCAAUGAAAUUACGUGGAAACAACAUUGAUUCAACUAGUGUGUGCCCAGUGGGAAGUUAUCAAGCUGCUUCUUCUAAAUCAGAGAGAAUCAGUGCCCUAUACAGUAACAAUCUAAGGUGAAGACAAUCUCCCUGAUGGGAAAUGGAUUACUGAGGCAAUAAUCAGCAUGGAUAAACCACUCCAAGCAGUGGAAUGAAAUAUGUUCACGCCCAGACAGACAGUGCAUAAAUCGAGUUUGGUUUAAAAUUAACAUGUUAUAUCCUGUGUAUGUCUCUCACACUGUCUGUGUCUGAGGGGUUUACUGCAGCACAACAAUACAUGUCUUACUUGAUACAGUACACAAAAACCACUGUCAUUCACUUAAAUUCUGCAACGUGCAUUAUGUGCUUAGUGUGAUGCUUACAAUCAGUUGUUUUGUCUGUCACGCUAUAAUGUUUCUGCCAAUGACUUUUUGGUUACGGGUUAGGUUUACAGCUAGAAUGAAAUAACAUUGCCUGUCACAAUCUUUAAAUAUGACAUGUAUGGAUCAGCUAUCGAAUAAAAACAUGCUAACGGUGACAUUGUGUAGUGGAGCUAACAGGCCUAAUAUCUUCACUGUAAACUGUCAGUUAGGCAGAUGCCAGCACUCAGUGGAUUUCUCAAUGAGCUCUAUGAUUAAUGACUCUGCAUAGCAUUAUUCAAAUGGGAAUCUCAUCUGUACCCCAACACAACCUCUGCUAAAUAUAGAACCGGGUCCUACUGUAUGUCUUGUAAUGUGUUUUUUAUUACAGUUUCACACUCCCUUUUUUUGCUUACCGUCUCUCUCUCUCUCUCUCUCUCUCUCUCUCUCUCUCUCUCUCUCUCUCUCUCUCUCUCUCUCUCUCUCUCUCUCUCUCUCUCUCUCUCUCUCUCUCUCUCUCUCCUCUCUUUCUCUCUCAAUUCAAUUCAAUUCAAUAGACUUUAUUGACAUGGCAAGUUAAAUUACUUACAUUGUCAAAGUAUACAUAUAACAAAAAUGGUGGGACCAACAGCAAUAAUAAUAGUAGUAGUGGAAAUUGGAUUACCAUUAACAGCAACUACAACAACAAUAUUAAUGAGAAUAACAAUACAUUAAAACAAAUGAAUAUUACAUUUUAUAGUUUCAAAUUCUUUGUACUGAAUGAUAAUUUUGGGAAAGAAAGAUUCUCUUAGGUCUGAGUAGUUGUCACAGUGUAAUAGGAAAUGCAGCUCUGUCUCUACCUCUCCCCAGGGGCAGAGUGAGCAAAGCCUGUCCUCUCUGGGCAGCCAGGUUUGCCUGUGACGACCGGUCUCUAUAGCCAGACUGUGCUCACUGAGUCUGUACCUAGUCAUUGUUUUCCUCAGUUUUCUAUCAGUCACAGUGGUCAGAUAGUCUGCCACCAUGUACUGUCUGUUUAGAGCCAAAUAGCAUUGAAGUGUACUUUUAUUUUUUGUGGUGUCUUUCCAAUAGUUGAUAUAUUUUUAUUUUUGCUUUGUGAUGAUUUGGUUGGGCCAGAUUUUCUGAGUGCUCUCCUGAGGCUCAAUGAGGUUGGUUUGGGUUAGUGAACUGUGCCUCAGAACCAGCUGGCUGAGGGGACUCUUCUCUUGUAUCAUCUCAUGACAUAGUAGAGCUGUGUGAUGGAAUGUUUUGGGGUCACUUGUUUUUAGAUGGUUGUAAAAUUUGAUGGCUCUUUUUUCUAUUCGAAUAAGGAGGGGGUAUUGGCCCAAUUCUGCUCUACAUGCGUUAUUUUGAGUUUUUCUUUGCACUUGCAAUACAGUCUUGCAAAACUCUGCAUGCAGUAUUUCGAUUGGAUGUUUGUCCCAUUUGGUGAAUUCAUUAUUAGAGAGCGGACCCCAUACUUCGCUGCCAUAUAGAGAAAUUGGUUCUAUAACUGAUUGGAAAAUGUGAGCCAGAUUCUAAUGGGAAUGUCGAGGGAAGAGGCAGGGGAGCGCAGAAGAAGCACGAAGGAGCUACGCACGCGCGGCGGCGAUAGCGCGGAGCGAGAGCGCAGAGAGCAGCACGAAGGAAGAAGAGAGCGAGAGGAGAGAGAGAGAGCGCGAGACGAGAGGAGAGAGGAGAGGAGAGAGGCGAGAGAGAGAGAGCGGCGCGAGAAGAGGACGCAGCCAGAGAGAGCAGAGGAGAACGAAGAGCGAGAGGAGAAGCGUAGAGAGAGAUAGAGAGAGAGAGAGAGAGCAGACUAGAGAUAAGAGAAAGCUAGAGAUGCGCGUGUAUCUCUCUCUAUCUCGCUCUCUCUCUCUCUCUCUCUCUCUCUCUCUAUCUCUCUCUCUCUCUCUCUCUCUCUUCUCUCUCUCUCUCUCUCUGUACAGGUUUACUCUUGCACCUGAGCUCCACCCAGACUGGAUGCUGUUACUAUGGUUUGCUCACACCCACCUGACUGUAACUGUCACUCUGGGGCUAAUGAUUGUCCCCAAGGUAAAGCUCUUAUUCUGAGCAUAGCAUUACUUGCUAUUUUACAUCGAAACCAAAUCAAACUAAGUCAUUGCACUCUCUUUUGUCGACUACAGUUUCUGUUUCAUGGUACUCACAUGAGAGAUGAUAUUGCCUCUGAGGCCUAUGAGGAUGAGUUGGACAUGGGUCGCUCUGGAUCUUACCUCAACAGCAGCAUAACAUCAGCCUGGAGCGAACACAGUCUGGAUCCAGAGGACAUCCGGGUGAGCAGCCUUCCCUUUCCAUUUUUUAAAAUCUAUUCUCUCAUUUAAUUGCAUAACCUUGUUGAUACAGUAGCUUUUGAAUCCUUGUCCUCUGACUGUGGCAAAAAGAAAGAUUUUUGCAGACGUAAGGUCUAGCGACAGUCUUUAGGAAAAAUGUAGCAAUGUGAGCAGAGGUUUCUGUUUGUUAGAGCUGAAGAAGUCUCUUGCCAAAGACUUGAGCACAUUGUCCAAGUGUAUUUAUCAGUGCGAGAGAUAAGAUCUCCUAUUUCUAUGCUACCCAUGCUUAGGUUUUGUUUUUGCAUCUUUUACUUUCGGUUUUGUACACCAGCUUUAAACAGCUGAAAAUACAAUAUUUUUGGUUAUGGAAAAUAUAUUUUACAGCAGUUUAGAUGGUACAAUGAUUCUCUACACAAUGACUGCUUGUUUUUUCACAUAAACUGAAAUUAGGUGAACUGUUAGAGUUUUAGCAACCAGGAAAUGGCGAAGCGAUUUCUGCCUAUUGCAUCUUUAAUACUGUCCAAAACCUGUCUUUUAUUUAUGUCAAAGAGCAUGUUAUACACUGUAGUACGUUGUUGAAGCACUGUCAGUAGUUUAAGCACCGUUCGUGUUUCAAAUUCAAAUGUGCAUGUUCUGUAUGCAAUAGAUGCAUCGUUAAAACACUUGGAAGCUUAAGUUGAAUCGCUAUCGGAAAACAGGCCCAGUUUACUUUUAGUCAUAUUCAUUCAUUUUAAUGGCUCUUUUUUUCUUUUCUUAUUCUUGUCCUUAUGUGUUUUCAACAAAUGUCCAGGAGGAGCUGAAGAAACUGUACUCCCAGUUGGAGAUCUACAAGAGGAAGAAGAUGUUGGCCAACAACCCUCACCUGCAGAAGAAGCGCAGCUCCAAGAAGGGACUGGGUCGUUCCCUGAUGAGACGCAUUACGGAGAUCCCAGAGACGGUACACCGGCAGUGCAGCCGUGAAGACAAGGAAGGGGGCGAUCAUGGGAGCAAUCGCAACAGCAUCUGCGUCUUGAGAAAGAACCCAUUCGACCCCUCUCAUCCGGGGAAGCCUGCCAAAGAGGAGUCCCUGAAGAGCAAGGUCUUCACCCUGAAGAAGUCGCACAGUAGCUACGACCACGUCCGUGACCAGAGCGAGGACUCCAGCAGCUCUGCUACUGACAAGAUGGAGGUUAUGACCACUGAGGGAUCCCUUAUAGACACCUUGAUGGGCAAAAAGCUGGUCAAGAAGAAGUCCAAUGACAAGAUAGAUGCUGUGAGCGAAUCGACUGAGAACGUUCCCUUGGUCUGCAAGUCGGCCAGUGCUCAUAACCUGACACAAGACAAGAAGCCCAUCCACCCAAGAACGUCCAUGCUGCAGAAGUCACUGAGCGUCAUCGCCAGCGCCAAAGAGAAGACCUUGGGCUUGACAGGAGGGAAGACACAGACUGUUGAAGACAGCAGCAAGAAGGUCCAACAGAACGCUAAAGAAACCAAGGAAAGUCCAGAGUCAGAGGAUGAUUGCUAUCCCCACAUGAUCGGUAGCCAGUCGGUGGAAUACAAGCAGACUGCAGCCAAAACUGGGAUCAUGAAGCAGCAGGUGAGUGGCAGCCAGCCGUCCAUCUGUUCCGACCCAUCGAAGGCCAAGGAAAUCCAAGACCUCACAGAGGUGUGUCCUUGGGAAGUAGAGGACCUGCCAACACCUUCUGAGAACAGGGUCCAGAAGCAUGUUUCCAUAGCACCCGAGGAAACCACCACAGUCCAUGGAAAUGGAACCAAGGGGGUCAAGCCCCAACAGCAAAAGCAGAAAGGCAGUGACCAAUCUUCCACAAGCUCCCGGCAUUCUAAAGACAUCCAGCGAGCAGAAAUAUGCCCUUGGGAGGAUGGAGGUGAGAGCAAAGCCCCAGUGGAGGGAUCCAAGCCGCAAUCCUCCAGUCAGGUUCCUCAACCUGCUAAGAAUAUCCAGUCUAACCAGCCUCCACCUGCAGCAGAGAGCUCUAAAAAGAAGGUUGAUGUAUGCCCUUGGGACUUUGAAGAGGUGCCUGCCAAGACAGCUGAGGUAACUUGUUCACCUGACAAGACCAGGCACAACAAGUUCACUACUCCAGUGGAGAGCAAAGGGAAUGGUGCUCUGUCAGAACCACCCUGCAAAUCACCAGGCAGCUCUCUCCUCCAGCUGGUUGCAAAGGUUGACGUCUGUCCCUGGGAUUAUGACAACCCAGCUAUAUCUCCCAAUUCUGAGAAAACUCCUAGUCCUACUACGGUUUCCAAAACAAAGGAAUUCCCCUCCAAAAAGAAGAGCACACCUUUCACAAGAACUUUUGAGAAGGAGAAAGAGAAGGCAAAAUACACUGACGAUGACAACAGUAGAGCGAAAGCCAAGGACAGAAGUAAAUCCACAGAGAAACAUACGAGCCAAUCCAAAAUGACAGAAGUGUGCCCUUGGGACGUGGAGAGUGGUCAGGAAGUGCCAACGGUAGAAAAACAGAAAAGUGGCAAUGUUGGAGCAGUUAAAGGGAAGCCAGUUGAAGUCUGUCCGUGGGAUUAUGAGGAUGCAUCAGAGAAAAAAGGAACAGACAAGGGUACUUCUGCAGUGAAACAGAGCAAUCCAAAGCCCAAAGGGGGGGUUGUAAGUGGUGGGAAAAAAGCAGAUGUAUGUCCUUGGGACUUUGACGACAGUACUGCAGGGAAAAAGGCCUGA